AUGCAGCCGGACUUAGAGCUCCUCAUACGGGUGAAUGUUGUGUGUCCAGGUCUGGGCCACGAGGGGAUCUACAGGAAGAACGGGUCCAGAUCCCGGAUCAAGCUGCUGAUGGACGAGUUCCGCAGCGACGCGCGGAACGUGAAGCUGCGGAUCGGAGACCACUUCAUCGAGGACGUGACGGACGUCCUGAAGCGGUUCUUCAGGGAGGUGGAGGACCCCGUCGUCAUGGGCGACCUGCACCCCCUCUGGCAGAGCGCCGCCAAAAUCCCCCAGAAGAGUCAGAGGCUCGACUGCUACAAAGAAAUCAUCCGGAGUCUUCCUCGGGUCAACCGCACGACGCUCGCCGCUCUCAUCAGCCACCUGUACAGGUAAACUCAGCCACCUGUACAGGUAAACUCAGCCACCUGUACAGGUAAA